GGAUCAACAACACACUUCCGACUUUCUUGUCGCGACGUCAAAGUUUUCCGUCACCAGCAAACGUGUGCACGGACGAGCGAGUUGCUUCGAUAUGCUUACUCGCAUAUCCAGGAGUAAAAGAACAAAAUAAAUUUGACGACAUGCAGUGGUCGCUAUGUGUUGCAACAGUCCUGGUCACCUUACUACAGAUAUGUGACCCCCAAUUUCCCCAAAUAAUGGAACAACCCAGAGUUCUAGACUCGCUACGAUUGGCCAACAUAUUGAUGGAACGACCCAUAGAGGGCCCUAGCAUUAGGAAAGAAUGCCGGAUGCUUAACUCAACAGAGUAUCAGAAAAUUGUGAAUGCCAUCAACGCUGCCAAAUUGGACACGAGAGUCCGGCCCAAUGUCCACGACGCCUACUCGUUUCUUCACGCACACCCCGAGGUGAACAAAGGUGCUCACGCCGGCCCCGCCUUCCUUCCCUACCACAGGGUGCUCAUCUUUCUGUAUGAGAAACUGCUGCGCAUCUAUGACCGUGACGUGAGUCUGUGCUACUGGGACACCACUGUGGAGCCGGAGAACAUGGAGUGGUCAGCCAUCUGGACGCCAGAACUCUACGGGAACGUCCAGGGGACAGUGACCACUGGGUUUGCUCGCGGUUGGGUCACGCCCAUCGCUGUGCUCAACAGAGCAGGUGAGUUUGUAGAAACAGCUGCCUACGAUCCAAUCUUCUGGUUCCAUCACAGCUACGUGGACUGCCUCUACGAACGCUUCCGGCAGAGACAGAAAGAGCGAGGGGUGGAGCCGAUGCGUGAUUGGCCAGUAGAACACGGGGACUCCGCCCAUGCGCCCUUCGCACCAAUGCGCAUCGGAAGUCUGCGCAACAUUGAUGGCGCACAAGAUUUCUUCAGUCGAGAAAUAGUCCGCUGUGAGCCCUUGCCGGUUUGCACUUCGGACCGGGAGUGCGGAGACUACAUGCGCUGUGACCGUGCUCGCCAGAAGUGUAUAUCUGACACCCUCCGGCCACCCGCUCAAGUGGGAGGGAUGUGGGACAGCGUUGAGAACCUGGUAGGCUCCCUAUGGCGGUCCCGCCUCUCUGCGCUCAAUGACCCCCUGGCCGAGUCAAGUUUUGGUUUUGGCAACGUUUUCCAACAGCCGGAACUUUUCCAGUUUUCAGGGCUUCGUAACCCCAGAACAAGAAGAAUGAUGUAAAACCGUGUUCAGCUCGUGUAUGGUUCAGAAGAUCUCCAUGGGGAUGUACUCUAGUUCAAACUUUCUCUAAGUCGAAAAGUUCACCAAGCGGCUGUGAUGUUUUUCAACAUCCCUUUGAUGAUGAAAGCCGCUGAAUCGUCCCCAGAGAAAAGACCUACUCCCCGGAAAAGCAAAACAAAAACAAUGUCAAGGUUCAAGGUCAAUGCGGCAAACGAUGAUUAAUUCGUUAUACACAGAAAUUUAAGCUAUGUUCAUGUGGAGAAAGGGUUCAAAAUGCAUGCUUCAUCUGCAGUCAAAUACAAAGACAUAUCAUACUGGUUUCUCAGAAUAUAGUUCAGUAAUAGACAAUAUUAUUUCUGUUCACAUCCUCGCCACCAUCACCAAAAGGUUCAUUAACCGUAAAUAAUUAACAAGAAAAACGUUUGAAGAUCAGCCUCAUUACACGAGAUAUAUUAAAUGUGAAAUUACUAAA